AUGGCUUCGACUCAAGCCGCCAGCAUUCCGGCGGGAAUGGAAAACUUCACCGUCGGGCUGAUUGGCAUGGGCGACAUGGGGAGGAUGUACGCCGAGAAAUUGUCUGAAGCUGGCUGGAGCAAAGAAGCUAACAGUCAAAAAAGUUCUAGAUUUAUUUCACCAAUCAUGUUUCUUUCCAGAAUCCUGGCCUGUGACAGAGAAGAUAAAUACGAUAGCCUAAAAGAAAAAUACAAUGGCAAAAAGAACAUUGAGAUUCUGCGCAACGGCCACCUCGUCUCCCGUGCGAGCGACUACAUCAUCUACAGUGUUGAAGCCGCCUUUAUUGAUCGUGUGAUUGCUCAAUAUGGACCUUCAACCAAAAUGGGCGCCAUCGUCGGCGGCCAAACAUCGUGCAAAUCCCCCGAAAUCGCCGCUUUUGAAGCCCACCUCCCCUCAGACGUCUACAUCCUCUCCUGCCACUCGCUCCACGGCCCGGGCGUCGAUCCCAAAGGCCAGCCCCUGGUGCUCAUCCAGCACCGCGCCCCGGACGAGGCCCUGCACAAGGUCGAAGCCGUCCUGAGCUGUCUGCAGUCCAAGUUUGUCUAUCUCUCGGCCAAGGAGCACGACCGCAUCACCGCCGACACGCAGGCCGUCACGCACGCCGCCUUCCUGUCCAUGGGAAAGGCGUGGCACGCCAACGAGCAGUACCCCUGGGAGCUCAGCCGCUACAUUGGCGGGCUCGAAAACGUAAAGAUGAACAUCAUGCUGCGCAUCUACUCGCAGAAAUGGCACGUCUACGCCGGCCUGGCCAUCCUCAACCCGGAAGCCCGCGACCAGGUCGCCCAGUACGCCAAAUCCGUCACCGAGCUCUACAAGCUCAUGCUGGAAGGCAACCUCGAGGGUCUCAAGGCCCGCAUCUACGCCGCCCGCGACAAGGUCUUCUUCGGGCCCUCCAAGACCUGGGCCAACCGCCCCCUCCUCGAGGCCUCCAUCCUCACGUCCUUCUCGCUCGGCACCCUCACGGCCGAGACGCCCGCCCGCCCCAACAACCACCUCUCGCUGCUCGCCAUGGUUGACUGCUGGGCCGAGCUGGGCAUCGUGCCCUACGACCACAUGCUGUGCAGCACGCCGCUGUUCCGCCUGCGUUUAGGCGUGACGGAGCACCUCUUCCGCAACACCGAGAUGCUCGACGAGACGCUGCGCACGGCCACCGAGGACAAGCGCUACCGCAGCGACGACCUCGAGUUUACCUUUGCCGCGCGGGGCUGGGCCGAGUGCGUCACGCUGGGCCACUUUGAGACGUGGGAGAAGCGGUUCGUGAGCACGCAGGAGUUUUUCCAGCCGCGGUUUGCGGAUGCGAAAAAGGUUGGUGAUGAGAUGAUGAAGAAGGUGCAGGCGAGUAUGGAUGAGAAUCUCAAGUUGGAUGAGAAGUGAGAAGAGUUUUUGGAUGAAUGAUGAAGGGACGGAAAUGUUUAUGUUAUGAGUAUGACGAUACUGUACUUAUUUGUUUUGGAUUACCCUGGAGCGAUGGAUAGAGCUUGAAUUUUGGCAAGUAAGAGGAGGGUGUUUCUUUUGUGUUUCUUUUGGUUCAUGACAUCCUUCCUAUAGAAACAUUAUACAUACAAUGGAAACGAACAUUUAUGAGUAGCAAG